AGGCAUCACUAUCAGAGAGCACGGAGUCGAACAGGCUGAGCGAGCUGGGAAGCGAAAGUGACAGAACAACUCUCACUGAAAUAAAAGGUGUAAAGAAAACCGCAAAACGUUGCACCGACGUGUUUCAGAGCAUAAAGGGGAACACUGAGGACACUUUAAAACUGCGGAGCUACUUUGCUGUGUUUCCUGUUUCUAAAGUUGACUCGAGUCGCACUGUACUAUAUGCACUGGAUCCGGUGACAGCCUCGACACAAACACAGUCCGACACGCCACAGACAUGGAGAAUGGGAAGAGCCGCCUGCAGCAGGCCCAGGAGGACGUGGAGGAGGUCAAGGUCAUCAUGCUGGACAACCUGAGCAAGGCUGAUGAAAGAGGUGACAAACUAGACGACCUGGAGGGUAGGGCUGAUGAGCUGCUGGAAAAGAGUAAAACUUUUUCCAAGAAGACCAACCAGGUGAAGCAACAGAAAAGAUGGGAGAACAAGAAGAUGAAAUGGUUAUUUAUUGGCAUCGGAGUGGUAGUUGCCAUCAUUAUCAUCGGACUUAUAAUCUUUGCCAGUGUUGGCGGAGGACAGUAGCUCCUUUGCUGAUGGAAGGGAAAUAACAUAUCGGGACUGAGAAUAUAAAGUGUACAAAGAUAAAAGAUCCAGGAAAAGAGGAGUGCAAACUGUUGGACUGUAGCAUCUCGCGUGACCUGCUCAAAAAUGGGAUAUUUCUGUGUUUAGUGAUAUUUAUGGGACUAUUGGUCCCAGUCUUCAUUAUUAGUGUAAGUCUUCAGUUGUUAUGGUACCAUAGAUUGCUCGGCUGCUUCGCUGUGUUUUUUGUCAUUUUUCAAAGGUUGUGUUAUCUGUCGGGCCCACAAUGGAACACACUCACAAAUCUUCACGAAGGUGAGAUCUAAAAAGAAAGUUCUUGGGCACUACCCCACCACUCUAAGUAAGACCAUGAACUUUCUUUAGACAAAACAUAAUUUGGCUGCUCUGAAGUGGUUCGUGUUCAAGAGCACCAAUCAGAGAAAUUUCACCAUAAAUUCAAACUAUGAUUUGGGGAGUCAACUGUCAAGAAGAGAGAAAAAAACAACAACAAAUGUCAUGAAUAUAUGCUGCUUCAGAUAGCUUCAAAUUGAACGAAUGAACUGAUGUAUGGUCACAUGAAAUUCCAUCUGUCAUAAAUUAAAUGCCCCAAAGUUGUCUGUAUUAUUAAAAUGUGUUUAAAGGAAUUUAAAAAUGG